AUGGCAGGGGAAGAUGUGAGGUCCUCAAUUAUAGCAAUCGUGAGUGUGGAUCCCCUUAUAAAGGAAAAUGGGGAGGCUCACAAGACUUCUAGAUACGAAAUUAUGAAUCGAAGUGGAAACAAAGCUCGUCUCGUAAUUCGACGUGGCCAGGAAUUCUACUUAAAUCUCAUGCUUUCAAGAAACUAUGACCCCAUAAUUGAUGGAAUAUCCAUUGUGUUUACUUUGGAUGGAGUCGAGCGUCCAAUGUACGGACAUGGAACACUCGUAGCAAUUCCUGUUCUAGACUCUGGUGAAAAAUCUGAAGGUUCCUGGCAAGCAACUGUCGAUGCAGCUGCAGAAAAUGCAAUACGAAUCAAGAUCGUUCCAGCUGCGGAUACAAUCAUCGGAAAGUGGAAAUUGGACAUAGACACGAAAAGAAGAGACUCAAAUGGUGCUAUUAGUUUCACCCUCGACGAGCCCUUUUACAUGAUUUUCAAUCCAUGGUGUCGAGACGAUCCUGUUUACCUCGGAAAUGAGGCUGAACGACAAGAAUAUGUAUUAGCAGAUACAGGACUGAUUUGGAGGGGUAGUUACAAUCGUCUGAGGCCCACAGUCUGGAAAUUUGCUCAGUUUGAAAAGGAUAUUUUAGAAUGUGCUUUCCAUUUGAUGAUAGCUGUUGGAAAAGUCAGGGUCAAUGCAAGAAAUGAUCUUGUUGUGAUAUCUAGAUGUCUUUCUGCAGCUGUGAACUCACAAGAUGACAAUGGUGCAGUGAUGGGUAAUUGGUCAGAGAACUUUGGGGGGGGUACAGCACCAUAUAAGUGGCUAGGGUCUCAGAAAAUUCUUCAAGAAUAUUACAGAACAAAAAAGCCAGUCAAGUAUGGCCAAUGUUGGGUUUUUGCCGGUGUAUUGGGAACGAUUUGUAAAACUUUGGGAAUUCCAACGAGGAUCGUUACGAAUUAUGCAAGUGCUCAUGAUACUCAGGGUAGUUUGACUGUGGAUUACUUUGUUGAUGCCGAGGGGAAAGUUAUGAAGGAACUAAACAGUGAUUCGAUUUGGAAUUUCCACGUUUGGAACGAGGUGUGGAUGAAACGAAUGGACAUGUCUCCCGAAUAUUCUGGAUGGCAAGUGAUAGACGCAACUCCUCAAGAAUUGAGUGAAGAUACCUUUCGAUGUGGACCAUCUUCAGUCGUUUCUGUCAAAAAAGGAGAAGUUCUUAAACCUUACGACAGCGGUUUUGUUUAUGCGGAAGUAAAUGCUGAUAAAGUUUUCUGGCGUUAUAACGGACCCUCGCAACCUUUGAAGCUAGUUAGAAAAGACAUACACGGGUUAGUUUAG